AUGCCGCCGGCGUCGUCAGCGGCUCCAGCUGCAGCAGCCGACAAGGCCACCAACAACGACACCACCAGGGCCGCCGACUCGACACCUCACACGCCCAAGGAUGCCUCGUCCAUCUCCCUGCCCACCGCCUCGACCUCGACAGGAGGAGGAUCUGCAGCAGCUGCUGCUGCUACUGCUGCUACUGCUGCUACUGCUGCUGCAAACGACGCGGCUGGAGGCGUCUUCAGCAGCCCCGACAUGACCGCCGCCGUACUCGCCUACCUCCAGAAACGCGGCUUUGAUCGCGUCGAGGCCGCCUUCAAGGCAGAGCUCGAUGCACUCGCUUCCGGCGCCACGCCAGAAAAGGCUGCCGCCGCCGCCGCAGACACACUCGGUCGCUCGCCAACCGUAGGCUUGGAAGAUCUCGCCGCCAAAAACGCCCCGCGUACGACCAACGACAAGGACGGCGACAAGGACAAGGAUGCGAACGCGAAUGCUGCCGCCGCCGCCGCGGCCGACGCCGACCUCACCAUAGCAGAGGACGGCGGAGUCUCGGCCGCAGCCGCACAGGCUCUGCUCCUGGAUCCCACCGAUCGCGCGCGUGGCUUCGCCAUGCUCAAGCAGUGGUGCCAGGGCAGUCUCGACAUCUACCAGCCCGAGCUUCUCCCCAUCCUCCUCCCGCUCUUUGUCCACUCCUUCCUCGACCUCGUCCUGCUCGGACACGGCCCUGCCGCCUCGGCACUCUACUCUGCGCACGUCGCCUCGUUCCUGCCCACCCACACCGCGCUGCUCUCCCAGAUCCGCUCGCUCGCCCUCCCCUCGCACAUCCAGACCGACGCGCUCGCCCAGCGCUUCCGCUCCGAACGAUACGUCGUCAAGAUGUCCAACACCGUAUUCAGCCUGCUGCUCGGCUGGCUCACCGACGGAGGCGGGCCCGUCUCGGGCUCCAUCGGCGGUCUCGAGGAGGCAGAGGCACCCGCAAGGCGUGGCAGAGAGGCCAUGCUCAAGAUCAUCAACGAGCGCUGCCGAAUCCAGGUGCUCGCGGCACAGCCUUACCAGAUCGAUGCAGCCCAGCAGCAGCAGCAGCAGCAGGACGGAGACACAACGAUGCAGGAUGCCAGCGCUACCGAGGGCGGCGGCGACGACCAGGACAGCUCGAGUCGUGCGAGGACCGCAUCGGUGCGACCGUCGGAAGCGCCAUCGGGUGCCGCUGCAGCUGCGACCGAAGUCAAGCUGGCCGGCGCCACGGGUCCGGACUUUUCGGCAGGGCUGCUAGCCGCGGGCAUCGACGACCUUCCGCCUCAGGCGCCCACGUUCCGGACGGUGGAUGUGAAGCGCGAAGUGCAGCGCAUCCGCGACGCGCGCAAACGCAUCCGUCUCGACCCUUCGCUCGCGACCUCCGGUGCGACGACGUUCACGUCGGGCGUGCGCGAUGCGGCGGGGAAUGCGCUGGGCGAGGCGGGUGCCAAUGCGGCGCGCGUGGCGGCGCUGCCCUCGGUGUGCGCCUACACCUUCCACGAUGCCGACGACGGCAUCACCUGCUCGACUUUCUCGAGCGACAUCACCAUGAUGGCCGCCGGCUUCGAAGAGUCGUUUGUGCAGAUCUGGUCGCUCAAGGGCGAAAAGCUGCGGGCGGUGCGCGGCAAUCCCAAUCUGUCGUCGAUCCGCGACAGCAAGUCGCUCGCGCGCCAACGCGAGGCAGAGGCCUACUCGACACGUCGGCUCAUCGGUCACUCGGGUCCCGUGUACGGCGUGGACUUUGAUCCCGUCGGUGGCUCGGCCUCGGCGCCGCGUCAUCUGCUCAGCUGCUCGGCGGACGCAACGGCGCGACUGUGGAGCCUGGACACGUACAGCGCGCUGGUGGCGUAUCGGGGCCACCAGCAUCCGGUGUGGGAUGUAAAGUGGAGUCCGCUCGGCACCUACUUUGCCACGGCCAGCGCGGACAAGACGGCGCGGCUGUGGAGUACGGAGCGGGUGAAUCCGCUGCGCAUGUAUGCGGGCCACCUGUCGGACGUCGACUGCCUCACGUUCCAUCCGAACAGUCUGUACCUUGCCACUGGCUCGUCGGAUCGCAGUUGCCGACUGUGGGACGUUCAGCGCGGUGCAUGCGUGCGGCUGUUUGUCGGGCAUCAGUCUGCGAUCUCGUGCGUGCGAAUCAGCCCCGACGGUCGCUACCUCGCCUCUGCGGCUGCGGGCAACGGAACAGCAGCGCAGUUGGCCGGAGUGGACGGCCUGGAUCCCAGCUCGCAGGGGGCGCACAUGAACGACACGUCGAUCUCGCUGUGGGAUCUGGCGAGCGGACGCAGGAUCAAAAAGAUGUGGGGCCACUCGGAGCGCGUCUACUCGAUGGACUUUUCCGCCGACGGAUCGCUGCUCGUCACUGGCAGUCAAGACUGCAGCGUGCGAUGCUGGGACGUGAGGGCGGUGGGAGGCGCGCGAAAGACGCCGCCCAAGGGAUCGCUGGAAGCACAACAGGCCAGCGCAGCCGCAGCCGCAGCGGCCAUGGCGACAUCGGCACUCGCACCGCCAAGUGCCGACCAGCUCAAGAACGGCUCGCUCGCCAGCGCGGCGCUGGCAGCAAGCCAGAUGGGCGCCGACCUGGCCAACGCAAGUGCCGACUGCAUCGCCACCUUUCACACCAAAAAGACGCCCGUGUUGGACGUCCACUUUACCCCGCGCAACCUCUGCCUCGUCGCCGGCGUCUACGCCGACUAG